AUGGCCCCCGAUCUAAAUUCUGUCCCCCCUUCGCCGCGCCCACGAGCCCCCUCCCGAACAUUGUCCCUGCAACCUACAACCACCAACUUAACAUCCGCUCAACCAUCGCCCUCAGCGUCUCGACGAGUCUCGCAAGUCAUGGGUCCACCUCCAGUUCCACAUAUUCCCACGUCUCCUGGUCUUACCGCUGGCGAUAAUGCUGGCGUGGGGAUUGGUCCUGGUCCCAUCCGGCACCCUCGUCCCCUUACGGUUGCUGAUCUACACUUGGAGCUGGAGAAGGAGCAGGAAGCAGUGGUAAACCGUCUCACGCGAGAACUCACCCUCCUCCGCCAACAGACCGCCUCGGUGGCAUCCACAGCGUCCUCGACGUCCACCAACGUCAAUGACUCCUCAGAUCCACAUCACCAAACUCCGUCACACCGAAAUCGAUCCUCCUCGAACAUUAGCUCACGCAGUGUCGCAGGAGCAAUAUCAGGAGUGAUAGCAGGAGGAGUGACAAGCAUUGCCCCCUCCCGUGAAAGGGAUGCACCAUCCUCCGCUUCACGCCCAUCUCUUGGAGGAAGCCUCAGCCGCGAAGCUUCCGUAACAUCACGCCGUCAGUCAGGAAACGCCUCCCCGUUGCUCUCGUCAUCAUACCAGCCGCAUGCGGAGAACAUAUCGCACCACCACCACCACACCUCCAACCAAAACCCUUCCCAUCCCCCAACCUACUCAUACUCUCACCCUUACUCUCCCUCCUACCGCUCAUCUUUCACCUCCCCCCCGGUCCCAAUCCCUUCCUCCCAACACUCUGCCACGACGGCAGACCACGCACGAUCCGGCUCCAUGUCCUCCUCCGCGGGCAUGUUAUCAAGAUACGAAGAGGCAGCCCACCAUCGGGCAGAGUUAGACACUGUGAAACGGGAAAACGAGAUGCUUCGCCGACGAAUUCGAGAACUGGAAGCCGACCUGAAGGACUACCAUCAGCCUUCAGCUCUUCCCGCGUCGCAACCUGCACAACAGCCGCGCACGGUAGAGAAUGGCCCUGCCACAACUACUUCUAGCCUCACUACUGGGUUGAGGGCGACAUCGCUUGCUGAUGAUUCCGCUGUCGAGCGGUGA